GCUCGAUUUUGGAAAUUACCACCGUACACUUCAUUGCAAUUCUCCAGUCGGGCGAAUUAGACUGACCAUAAGGCAGCUUCGACCACUAACUUAGUGAUGCUAGAGCAUCCACCUGUCCCCUGUUAGACACCUUUCCUUGCUCUUGGGAGGACAUUGUUGUCUGAAAUGAACACCGAAAACCAGGGCAAACACCUUCCCUCACUCGCGCCAGGGCCCCGCGGUCCGGUUGCAGCUGGGGCGACCACAUUAGCUAAGUCAAGAAAGAACUCAACUGCAUGUUUGCCAUGUAAGCAGGCAAAGCGAAAGUGCAGUGGACGCCCGCCACCUUGCAAAGCAUGCCAGAACACCGGGCUAUGCAUCUUCGACGAGACACUUGACCUUAGGCGGAAAGUCGCUGCCAGGCGCACUCAGGGAGAGCUGGAGUAUUACCGAGGCCUGCUAUACUCCCUUCUCGAAACGCUUCGAUCAUCGGAUGAAGAAAAAGCCCGUCAGAUGUUGGAAAAGAUCCGUGGCAAUACGCACUUGAGCGACCUUGUCACAGUCAUUGAUGCACCAGUCAACGAUCUCAGUGAUGCAAGUUCCGAGCAUUCCAAAAGUGUUGGGGUUGCCGAAGAUGCCAUAGCGCAACAUGAGCGCCCUGGCAUCGACGCCCACUUGCGGAUAACGGUGGAGAGGCUUUGUGAUAGUCCCUUAUUUCAGGUACCUUCUAGGCCUUGGACAGCCGUCACUAAUGAUGACCAUAUUGUUUCGCACCUUGUAUCUCUUUACUUCACUUGGGACCAUCCAUUAUUGCAGGUCGUGGAUCAAGAGAUGUUCCUGAGACAGAUGGCUACCAAAGCCACGAAUUCGGAGUGCUGCACCUCGCUCCUUGUGAAUAGUAUAUUAGCGGUGGCAAGUAUCUAUUCCGACUUUCCAGAAGUUUUCGCUUUAUCUGACGAUGAGACGUCACGAGGCCAGCACUUCUAUAUGGAGGCAGAGCGACUGUGGAACGCGGAGGAGGGUUGUGUUUCCCUAGCAAAUAUUCAGGCUGUGGCCCUGAUGAGUCGCUUUCUAAAAUUCCAGGGUAAAGAUGAUUUAAGCUGGCUGAUGCUCAGGCAAGCUGUCCAGCUCGCACAAGAUUUUGGCAUGUUUACGUCUCCAAGGACGAGACACCGCCAGUGGGAGGGAGCUUCAGCCAGGCUUCAGCAUGUUGGCGCGAUUACUGCCUGGGGUCUUUUUAUCCUGAACUCGCAAACAUCACUGCAGAGUCGCAAGGUUGCAGAAUUGAAGCCACCUAAAUAUAAGCCUUAUACCGAGAAUGCGCUCGAUGAUGAUAUUAUGUGGACUCCAUAUCCUCGCUUCAAUCAAUUCGACCGAGUCUCGAAACCGGCACAUCUCCGAUUCGUCAUGACCAAAAUGAUCGAUUUGACCGAAAUCAUCGCGGACAUACCAGAUCUGUUGUUUGACAAGGGACCCGACAUGGCAGUUGGCGAAUUAUGGAUAACAGCAUAUAAAAAAUGGGGCCGUUUGCAAAGGUGGCUUGAGAGCCUCCCAACUAUCCUUGAGAACGAUGACGAAAAACCGCCACAGAUACUAUACCUGCAUAUCAGGUGCCACCAUACGAUAAUGGCACUGUUCCAAUUUUUCCUAGAGCACCAGCAUUUCGGGCCCGCGUCACAUCCAGCGGAAUUCGAACAAGCCAGGCUGAACCAGCUUAGAUCGGCAAAGCAAGUUGUCCAGUACCUCCGCUCGUAUCAUGAGGCAUAUGGUUUGCGCCACAUCCCCAGGCAGAUACUCGAGCCCACCAACAGUAGUCUUCUUGUCUUCCUAGGUGCUUUGAACGAAGAGGAUUCUAAAGACGCGUUUGUGGAGUUGUGUCGGUUUCUGGUGGCCUUCAGCAAGAGAUUAGCGCUGGCCAAGGAGAUGCUUCGUAACCUAGAAAACAUCGUUCAGUCCUCGAAGCUCACAUUGCCCCCCGAAGCUGUUGCAGUGCUGGACCACCGAGGGCAGGAGACUUCACAAUGGCUGUGAGCCGUGUUAUGACCGCAUUACACG